CCCUGGAGGACUCAAGGGAAACACUGGCUGAACUGGGGGAAAGAAGAAGAACAAGUUCCACGCUACCUCUCUUGUGCACAUCUCUCUCUCUCCCUGUUCUUACAUAUUUGGCCCUUUUACCUUAUGGACUUGGGUUCUGCCUAGGCGGAUUCUCUACAGUGUGGAAUUUUUCAAAGAUGUGGGCACAGGUGGCAUGCAUUCUUCUCCUCUGUUUCACAUGUGGAGGUCUAUGCUCAGAUGUUGACCAAGAACAGCGGGCAAUAGAAGAGGAAUUACUGAGCAGUCUCUUCACUUCAAAGAUUAAACAGAACAAGCAGAGCGCCCCCUACUGGCAAGUAUCCCUUAUCAACCUGUGCAAGAUGGUAACCAGCCUUAGUGGACCGUGGCAAAAGGCCUGGGACAGUGAGGAGGAGAGCAGGGAUGGACUGGCUUCGCUACCUGAACCGCUGGAGUAUCUCAACAACCUACAGCACAUCUGCAGAGUAAUACAUCCCCGUGAAGAGAGGUUACUCCACGAAUCACAAGACUACUUAGACCCCGAGCAAAACAGCGAUAACCCACUCAAAAGGAAAUCACCAUACAUCCUGAAGAGGCAAGCGCACACCGCCAAGACUCGGAGGCCGUACAUCCUCAAGCGGAGUGCAUUAUACUGACCCAGGCGUGGGAGGGGAGGGAAGACGCUCUAUACAUUUUGUGAAUAUGUGACUGUGCGCUCGGUUGUGAAUGUGCUUUCUAUGUUUUCCUUUGUAUUAAGCUGGUACACAUGUCCAUCCAGUAACAAAAGCGUGGGCUGCCAAUUCUCUACUCCAUGAUCCUUGGAUCUUGUAAAUAAAAGAAAGCAAAACAUGUAUCUUUGAGAGAAGUUAUGCUUAAUGUAUUUGUUCAGUGCACAAUACAUUUAUUUUCUUUAUGGUCUCUUUAUACAACACACAUUCAACAAGACUGGGAUGUAACAGCCUGUUUCCUUCCUUUUACAUUCCUUUAAAAGUUGUUUCAAUAAACCUCAAAGACAGAAUUCCUAGGCUGUUUAUUUUCCCAUAAUACAUCAUUCUUUAUAAAUCUAUCUAAAAUAAUUAUAAAAUAUGUCCGCUUAAUUUGUCCAUAAAAAAUUAUAAAUAAUACUCAUCCCAUUAUUGACAUCCUACCAUUUUAAGGUCUAAUUGUGUCAAUGCUAAUCACUAACUCUUGUUAAUGUGAUUGAAACACUGUCUGGAUGAAACAGCAGGGGUCAACAUGAUAUAGAAAAACAAGAAGUCCAACAGCCCCUUUCAUGUAAACCAAGGAAGAUUAUACAAAUUGUACUUGCAAGUGAUAUUGUGGCAUAAAAUGACUGAGUUUUCAGCUACUGUAAAGCACCUCAUAAAAUUCUUGUUAUAUUUUUUGUUAUAAUAAAUAUGGUAUGG